AUGGCAUUUUUAAACAAAAUCUGUGUAUCAAUAAGUUUAUGCGUUUUAUUAUUUCAUGUAACUGUUGCAUUUAAUAAAUAUUCCGAAGAAGCAAAUAAACCAAAAUACGAAGAUCCCUUGCAAUUUCCAACUUCUCUUCGUGAAUUGGAUAAACCAUUUCGUAUGGCAAAAUUAAAUGUAGUAUGGGUAAAAGCAAAAAAUCGUUUAACAGAUACCAAAUUACAUUCAAUAUUCAGUGAUCUGAAAAUCCAUGAUAAGGAGGAAAUUGCGUAUAAACAUUUUAAAUCUGAUGGAAAAGAUCCCAAUGGUGAAGAAGAAGCGCGUUUAAGAAAAAAACUGAUUGGAAUUAUGAGCACUUAUGGAUUGUUAGAACACUUUGAAGAUACAGAGGAUCCAGAAUUAUUAAAGAGACAUAAAGCUCUGAAUGAUGGUAGUAAUUAUAUUUCCAGAGAUGUUUUCAAAGAUAGCAAAUUAAACAAUUUGUGGACUAAAGCUGAAUUGGCAGGUUUCACGCAUGAAGAAUUGCAAACUUUGAAGGAAGAAUUUCAACAUCACCAGGAUAAAAUGGAUGAAUAUUUGAGUCUUUUGAAAGACGUGGAAGGUGGUGAUACAGAAAUACAUAAAAAUAGUCUACAUCACAAACCAGAAAGUUGGAAUGAAAUAAAUCACAAGGAGGAAAUUUCCAACAAGAUUCCUGAAAAAAAAUUAGAUUACUUAGAAAAAGCAGCUUUACUUAGGGAAAAACAUUUGGAGAUUAGAAACGGAUUUGAUCGUUUGGAUAGAUUAACUGCAAAAGGACCAAAUCACAAAGAGUUCGUAGAACCCAAAGUUCAAGGCUUAUGGCGUAUUGUAUUACAAUCUGAAUUCUCUCCGCAAGAACGUUCGUCGUUAAAAGAAGAGUUAUUACACUACGAAGGAAGAUUGCUAAAAUUGCGUCAUUUGCACACGGAAGCUGCUCUAGAAGCUGCACGUCAAGGACAACCAUAUGAUUUAGACAACUCUACCAUGGAGAAACAUAUUAAAAAAUAUACGAGAACUGUUCAAAAACUUCAUGCAGAUCUUGAAACGAGGAUUUUGCAGAGACAUUCCGAAUUAUAA